UGGUGCUUCUACCUGAUGGUGGUCGUCCCUGCAGUGGUCCUGCCGUACACCUGGCUUACUUACUACCCACAACUACUUGAAUCAUCUCUGUCCACACUCCUUUCAGACGGUGGCGGUAAUGCGCACCAGAAAGUUGCUUCCCAAAAAGAAAGAAGAAGAAGCCUCGGCUAAGAGGAAUUUUUUCCAGCCCAGCCGCAUUAUACUGAAAUGCGCUGAUUUAUUUAGCAGAACUAUCGAUCUAAAGUUAACGUAACCACCAAUCAGUCAACCAGGGAACAGAAACGUUAGCAUCCUCCUUCCUGAACGCAUCUGGCUCCUGUGGUGAUGGACAUGUCCAGCAGGCUGCUGGUGUUGCAGCAGCUGGCGGAGAGCUGUGGUGUCAGCACAGUCCAGCAGGGAUUCCAGCAGGUCUGGAGGCUGCUGCUGCUCUGCCUGAUCUGCAGACUCUGCUUCAGACUGGGAGUUGUGUCCACUCUGAAGCACAGCGUGUCGGCUUUGUCUGGGAUCUAUUGCCUCUUCCUGUUCUUUGAGCUGCACAUGCUGUGGGUGCUGUUGCUCUGUGCGCUCUGUUACCUUGUGUUGCUUCUCAGCCAACACUCCUCCAGCAGAGGCCUCUUCCUCUCAGUUGUCAUCCUCCUCUACCUUCUUGUUGGAGAGUUACAUUUGAUUGAUAUGGUGACCUGGCAUAAAAUAAGAGGCUCUCAGAUGGUGGUGGCCAUGAAGGCCAUCUCUCUGGCCUUUGACCUGGACAGAGGAGCAGUGGGCCGGCUGCCCUCCCCAGCUGAGUACCUGGGUUAUGUCCUCUUUGUUGGCACUGUAGUCUUCGGCCCUUGGAUCAGCUUCUCCACGUAUAGUAACGCUGUUGAGGGCACAAAGCUGAGCUGGUCGUGGCUGCGUAGCUCCUCCUUCAGCCUGCUGAAGAGUCAGAUGUGUCUGCUGGUCUCCACCUGCAUCGCCCCUUACCUCUUCCCUUUGUUAAUCCCCAUCCACGGAAACACAGUCACACAGAAGUGGCUGCAUGCUUAUGAGAAUGCAGUGUCCUUCCACUUCAGUAACUACUUUGUGGGUCACCUCAGCGAAGGUACCAGCAUGCUGGCUGGUGCAGGCUUCACUGCAGAAAAGGACAACAUCAGAUGGGAUAUGAGCGUGGUGAAGCCCCUCAGUGUGGAAAUGCCUCGCUCCAUGGUGCUGGUGGUGACGUCCUGGAACAUUCCCAUGUCCCGAUGGCUGAAAACAUAUGCCUUUAAAAACGCCAUGAAACUGGGGACGUUUCCUGCCAUCCUGGUGACGUACACAACCAGCGCCCUGCUGCAUGGUCUAAGCUUUCACCUUGGAGCUGUCCUGCUCUCUUUGGGCUUCAUCACAUAUGUUGAACAUGUCCUGAGAAAGAAGCUUGCAUCCAUCUUCAGCGCCUGUGUCCUGUCCAGGCCCUGCCCCGCUGAUUGCAGCCAUCAGCACAAGAAGGAGUAUUGGGUGAUGUUGCUGAACCUGGUCUUCAGCUUACUGGCCAUCUUCCACCUUACCUACCUUGGCUCCAUGUUCGAUCCUGGAGUUGAUGAACAGGAAGUAGAGGAGGGUUACGCGGCCAUCCACACCAUCCAGAGGUGGUCCGAACUGAACUGGGCCAGCCACUGGGUUGUGUUCGCCUGCUGGCUCUUCUACCGUUUAAUCCAGUGACGUUGUUGGAGCAGAAUGAAAGGCUGACUGACACCAAGUACUUCCUAAUUCAAUGGGUGCCAGGGGGAUGUUGUCUGGCGGGACGAGGAUCUGCUGAAGUGGGAAGGGCUGUGGGACGGGUGGGGGACGGCGUCUGUACUGGGGUGGUUUACACGCAUGUAUCCUGCUGUGGCUGUGAAGAUGAAGUUACUUAAGCGACAUCUUCAGACCUGGAUGCAAAGUGAGAAUGUAGCACAUACCUUCAUGUACAUCAAAGACCUGCAGAAAAAAAGACUGUGUGACUGAAAGAAGGACAAAGGGACACCAUGCGAGCUGCCAACAGAGCUGUUUAGUAUCCGUGUUGAUUUUUAAAGGGUCCAUAACUGUCAUUCUUGAUCUGUUACAACAGAAUCUGUUUGUUCUGCUGCUAUUUUUUAUUUUUUGUGUGUUUCUGUAAAUGUAACCAAACAGUGUAGUUACAAACUGGGCCAGCAAGGAUGUAAACGUGAGCUCUGAGUAUUCUAUCUUUUCUAUCAAUUAUAAUCACCUACCUCAAGUACACUUAAUAAAGUUAAGUCAUUGUA